AUGAUGCCCAUUAAGAACGAGCCUAUUGCGAUAAUUGGUACUGGUUGCAGAUUUCCAGGAGAGUCGACUUCUCCAUCUAAGCUAUGGGAUCUCUUGAAAAACCCUCGAGACGUGCUUUCAAUCAUUCCUAUUGAUCGUUUCAACCCGGAAGGGUUCUAUCAUGUGGAUGGUCAGCAUCAUGCCACAGGAAAUGUUAAGCAAUCAUAUCUCCUCUCUGAAGACUUGCGUUGCUUCGACGCUCAGUUCUUCAACAUCAAGCCAAUAGAGGCUCAUUCAGUUGACCCGCAGCAGCGCCUGCUGCUGGAGACAGUGUAUGAAGCGAUCGACUCAGCAGGUUUGCGUCUGGAGCAGAUGGAUGGAACAGACACUGCGGUCUAUGUCGGUUUGAUGUGUGAAGAUUACAGUCUUCAUUUACGAAGAGAUCCAAACACAGUACCCACCUACCUUGCAACCGGUACGGCGCGGAGUAUUGUGUCUAAUCGAAUCUCUUACUUCUUCAACUGGCAUGGCCCGUCUAUCACGAUCGAUACUGCAUGUUCUUCCAGUCUAGUAGCGGUUCAUGAAGCCGUCAGAUCCCUGAGGGCUGGAGAUUGCCGAGUGGCCAUUGCAGCAGGGGCGAAUCUCAUCAUUGCACCGGAGCAAUACAUUGCAGAGAGCAAGCUAAAUAUGUUGUCCCCUCACAGCCGCUCACGGAUGUGGGACAAAGAUGCGGAUGGCUAUGCAAGAGGAGAUGGAGUUGCUGCUAUCGUCCUGAAAAGACUAGAUGCGGCCAUAGAGGAUGGUGACAAUAUCGAAUGUAUUGUGCGGGAAACCGGAGUGAAUCAGGAUGGACGAACAAAUGGCAUCACUGUUCCCAACGCCCAAGCUCAAAUUUCUUUGAUCCAGGAAACAUAUCGGAAAGCUGGAUUGGACCCCCUCAGCCAAACGGACCGCUGUCAAUUCUUCGAAGCUCACGGUACUGGCACACCUACUGGAGAUCCUAUCGAGGCCGAAGCCAUCCAUAAGUCCUUCUUUUCCGCCACCUCCGCUGAUGACGAGAAGCUAUUUGUUGGCUCCAUCAAAACAGUAUGUGGCCACACAGAGGGGACAGCUGGGAUUGCUGGAAUUAUCAAAUCUACACUUGCUCUCCAACACGGUAUCAUCCCUCCAAACAUGCUUUUGACUGAGCUGCAUCCAAAUGUCAAGCCAUUCUCGGAUCAUCUUGAAAUUCCCAUGGAACCUGUUCCUUGGCCGUCUGCUGACCCAGUCCAACCUCGCCGGGCAAGUGUUAAUAGUUUUGGCUUUGGAGGCACAAAUGCCCAUGCCAUUUUAGAAAGUUACGAGUCAGUGCUAGCAACGGGCAUAUCUUCCCCGGUAGCCACUCCUUUCACUUUCUCCGCUGCCUCGGAGCGGUCGCUAUCUGCGCUUAUAUCUUCUUAUUCCACCUGGCUUCGUUCCCAGAAUGGUUCUUCAACUCAUCUCCGCAACCUGAGCUAUACUCUUCAUUCCCGGAAGUCCAGUUUGGCAGUCAAAGCAGCGUUCUCUGCCACAUCGAUUGAAUCGCUUUGCCUAAAGUUAGACCAAAAGAACUUUACCAUGAAAGACGUCAAUGGAAAUGGAGUAGGCGUCCGUUCUUCGAAAAGUCCACCUCGAAUUCUAGCCAUAUUCACUGGUCAAGGAGCGCAGUGGGCUGGGAUGGCUAAAGAUCUAAUUUUGUCUUCGGAAUUCGUUAAAGAUCGGAUUGAGAGCUUUGAACAAAUUCUCGCCUCUCUUCCGGACGGAGAUCGUCCCAAUUGGUCAAUUACAGACGCAAUUUUAGCUACUGCUGAGAAAAGUCAAUUGAAUCUGGCCGAAAAGUCUCAGCCAGUCUGCACAGUUGUUCAGGUUAUUCUGGUCGACCUUCUCCGGAGCGCUGGGAUACCGUUUCAUGCUGUAGUAGGCCAUUCUUCGGGCGAAAUAGGGGCAGCAUAUGCAGCAGGCUUUCUCUCGGCAGAGGAUGCAAUCAAGAUUGCCUAUUACAGAGGAUUUCACGCUAAGCUCGCCGGAGCCUCGAAUGGGAGGCCUGGUGCAAUGAUGGCUGUAGGCACCACUUUUGAAGAUGCGGAGGAGAUGUGUCUAUUAGAAGAUUACGAAGGCCGUCUUUGUGUUGCAGCAAGCAACUCGUCCGCCAGCGUGACCUUGUCAGGAGACGCAGACGCUAUUGAGGCGACCAAGGCGAUUUUUGAAGACGAGAAGAAGUUUGCUAGAAUACUGAAGGUCGACACUGCGUAUCAUUCUCACCACAUGACUGCCUGUUCCGAGCCAUACAUGAAAUCUUUGCAGGAAUGUGAUAUUAAGCCCUCUCCAGGAUACAGCUGUCGGUGGUUUUCUUCGGUGCAAAAUGGAAAUCCUAUUGAAGACGCCUCGGGCCUCGACGCCUCCUAUUGGAGGGAUAAUAUGGUCUACCCUGUGCUUUUCCGAGAGGCCCUGGAGCGUGCACUAGCAGAUGAAGGAUCUUUCGAUCUGGUCAUCGAGGUUGGCCCCCAUCCAGCCUUGCAAGGGCCAGCUCAGCAAACUUUCCAGGAUGCUCUGGGUAAACAGCUUCCAUAUUCGGGACUCCUUAGACGCGGUACCAACGACCUGGAGGCCAUCUCAGAUGCCCUUGGAUUUGUGUGGAUGCACCAUGGUCACCAGGCAGUAGACUUUUCUGGCUACGAAGCUCUCUUGUUCGGUCCCAAAUUACAAAGGCCCGCGCUGCUCAAGAACCUUCCGAGCUAUCCGUGGGAUCACGAUCGUAAGUUCUGGUUUGAAACCCGAAUGUCAAGGAUGCACCGCAUCCGCUCGGAGCCCAUUCAUGAGCUCUUAGGAACUCGGGAAUUUGACAGUGCUGAAGAGUUGCGAUGGCAGCUCCUCUGGUUGUAUGGCCAUCAGUUACAAGGCCAAAUCUUGUUUCCAGCUGCAGCGUAUGCAAGCACUGCCAUUGAAGCCGCACAAAUACUCUCCCAAGACCAGGAAAUAAUAGUGAUUGAACCGAUCACUUUUGAUGACGAGGAGUCCUCUGUUGAGAUCCUGAUUGUCUUGUCCAAUAGUCCUGAGUCGGAUACGCUUACACUUACCGUUGGAGCGCCAAACCUGCUUGAUGUGCCGACUGAUGUCUUCUACAAUUUUCUCGCAAAAGUCGGGCUCGGCUACACUGGACUAUUCCGUGACAAAAGUGGGCACGGAAGCCGCCUGCUCUCCAGUUUCCUCGCUAUGUGUCAUCCGGGUGAUGGUACCAUUCGUGGUUUACACGUUCCCAAACGAAUUCAUCGCAUCCGCAAGCUUGCUGAUGGAAGCAUUGGACUUACACCAAAGCUCCAUGCUGAUAACACCAGGCAGCAUGCAUUGAUUCAGAUUGAAGGGCUGGAGAUAUCUCCAUUGGCAUCUACAGCGACCGAAAGCUAUCGGCAUAUAUUUUCAACAAUUGAGUGGAAUUUGGCUUCCCCAAACGGCGAAAUUGCUGCUGCCGUAUACUACCUUUUGAACCUAACAAAGCGGCUAUUGAAUUUCGCGGACUACGUCAUUUCUGGUGAAUGGCUUUUGAUGGAGAAUUUCAAGGAUGAUAAUGUCAUACAGAAUCUACCGGGUGCUGUCCACGGAGAGACCAGCAUGCUGGAGCACAUGAUGGAGGACGGCUCGCCACUCGGUAUGAUGGACUCAUCUGGCUACAUGGCCAACAUGGUGCAACAAAUUAUUGGGGCUGGGACAGGCGGUAUGACAACACAUAUCUUUGACAGGGUGGAUGCUUUCCAUUCCUAUACAUACACCGAUAUCAGUUCGGGUUUUUUUGAGCAAGCACAACAAAAGUUCGCCAAGUGGCCAAACCAUAGCUCGAGGCUAACUUUCCAAUCUUUGGAUAUUGAGAAGGAUAUCGAGAGUCAGGGUUUUACACCCCACUCAUACGACCUGGUGGUAGCGGGUGCCGUACUCCAUGCUACCGCAUCCUUGGACAACACCUUGGAGAAUGUCCACCGUUUGUUAAAGCCCGGGGGGUAUCUCCUCAUGCUAGAGCCAACUAGGAUUGAAGAAGGCUCCCUAAGGUUAGGGUUCGUCUUCGGUGCAUUGCCUGGAUGGUGGCUUGGAGUCAAUGACGAUCGAUUAUUGUCGCCCUGUAUCACCUCCCAGGAGUGGGAUCCAAUUCUGAAGACUGCGGGCUUCACGGGGGUCGAUACUGUGACACCGACUGUGAAUCUCUUGGUCAACCCUAGCUACGUAAUUGCUGCUCAAGCGCUCGACGAUCGUGUUGCUACUCUCAGACACCCUCUUGAAUCAUCUCCGAAAAUGCUGAAUGACACCCUUAUCAUUCUGGGUGGGGUUAGUGGCCAGCUUAAGUCGCUUGCCCUCUCACUGAUUGCCCUUUUAAACCCAUGGUAUGACUCUGUGGUACAUUGUACCUCAGUCGAAGAACUCGCCCAGCAUGACUUGACAUCUCGAAGACAUUUACUCAGCAUUACCGACCUGGAUACGCCUAUAUUCCAAUCUUUAUCAGACGCCAAGGUCCAAUCCAUCAAAGGCCUCUUUGAGAAGACUUCAAUUGCUCUAUGGGUAACCCAGGGCUGCCGAGCAGCGAGUCCGUACUCUAACAUGUCAGUUGGCUUCGGUCGAACUCUUGUUCAUGAGAUGUCCCAUCUCCGGCUUCAAUAUUGGGACCUAGAGCCUGCUAAGGCUCCUAAUUCCGAAGCUCUCGCAACUGCAUUUCUCAGAUUACGGAUUAUGAAUGAGUGGGCAGCGAAUCCGGAAGUGCCUUUGCUCUACUCCAUCGAACCGGAGAUGUCCCACCAGAAUGGUAAUGCUGUCAUUCCACGGCUUCGCCAUAUGCAAACAGCGAACGACCGAUCAGUGUCGACACCGAUUGCGCUGAGAAGCUCUACGUCGGGAUACAGCCUAGUGGAGAUACUAGGGCAACACCACCUGAAUCAACCAAGAUCGGUCAACCUAGUCUGCAUUCAAGUUAGUCAUUCCACCUUGAUGUCAAUCAGACUGCCCACUGGAUCUUUUUUCCUAGUCAUUGGCACUUUGGAAAGCAGUAACAUGAAGGUUAUUGCCCUUGCAGACAAACAAGCCUCGUUGGUUCAUGUUCAUCCAAAAUUAUACUGUCCAAUCAAUGUCGCCUCUGGCACAGAAGGCAGUCUGCUCUUGUUGAUGAUUGGCGAAUUCAUCAUCCAUAUUCUGUCGAGGAAUAAUGGCAAGCUUGCUAUCCUCCAUGAACCCGAACCAGCUUUGGCCGUGGCUUGCUCCCAAUCUGCCUCCAAUCUAGGAAUGCGCCUCACUUUCACCUCAUCUGUCCGACCAACCGACGGCGAAUGGCUACAUCUACAUCCGUUCAUUUGCGAUAGAGACCUUCGACGGGAUUUACCAUCCGAGGCAUCGUGUGUUGUUGAUUUUACAAGCCCGGAUGAUUCGUCUGAUCUGUUUGAUCGCAUCACCGCUGUGAUGCCCACGACCUGCAGAUUCCUGAAAUCAGCUAAUCAUAUUUUUGACGUAAAUGCUACGUUGCAGGAUGGUACUGAGCUGGAAUUAGCGAACCUAUUGCAAAUAGUCACUCUUCGAGCUACCUCGGCCACAUUGCUUAGAGCUCCGCCUGUCAGAUCCGUGACUCUCUCCCAGCUGCCCGAAACCUCAGCUGCAGCCUAUCCCCCGACAACAGUCAUUGACUGGGUUUCAACUCCGAAAAUCCCCGUUAAGGUGGACCGCAUUGACAACGCAAUAAUCUUUGCCCCUGACAAAACCUAUAUCCUUUUCGGACUCACUAGCGAUCUUGCCCAAUCGCUUGCGCAAUGGAUGGUGCAACACGGAGCUAGGUACAUCGUGCUCACCUCUCGGAACCCCAAAAUUGAUCCAACCUGGCUGGCUCGCAUGAGGGCGAUGAGGGCGACUGUCAGAGUCUACGCCAAUGACAUUACCUGCCGUCCCGCACUAGAAACUCUAUGUCAAGAGAUUUCCCGUACCCUUCCCGAGAUCAAGGGAGUUGUCCAUGGUGCCAUGGUGCUCAUCGACACCGUGGUGGCUAACCUUACCAUGGAGCUCGUGGAGGAACAGAUGAAGCCCAAAGUUGACGGUAGUAGGUUUCUGGAUGAAAUAUUCCGUGAUCAGAAUCUCGACUUCUUUAUUCUCCUUUCCAGCCUCAUGGCCGUUUGGGGAAAUCAUGGCCAGUCUGUGUACACGGCGGCAAAUUUGUUCAUGACGGCUUUGGCGGAACAAAGACGCCAGCGCGGCCAGGCUGCAUCGAUAUUAUAUAUGGGGACUUUAAUUGGAAGUGGCUACCUAGCUCACAAGGCGAGUCGCGCGGCAGUAGAAUGGCAAGAGAAGGUGGGGAAUCAACCUAUUUCCGAUCGGGAUAUCCAUGUUGCGUUUGCCGAGGCUAUUCUGGCUGGUAUACCAGAGUCUACAGCUGGAGUUGAGGUUAUUGUUGGUGAGCGUGAGGUUGAAAUGAAGCCUGGAAGCCAGUCCCAGUGGCUUGAGAAUCCAAAAUUUGGGCAUUAUACGAAGCGGCAGCAGAGAGUGGAAGUGUACAAUGGUGUAGGGAAUGCGACCAUUUCUACGAGGGAUAAGUUGCAGGAAGCCACGUCAACUGAGGAGGCUCACGAUAUUCUCAAAGACGCAUUCACCUCCAAACUUGCUACGAUGCUCCAGCUUGAUGAUGGAGAGUCUGGAAGAGAACAAUUGGUCCAUCUUGGUGCUUAUGAGCUGGGCAUUGACUCCCUGGUCGCCGUUGCACUUCGGAGUUGGUUCUUCGCGGAACUCGACAUAGACAUGCCAGUGUUUAGAAUCCUAGGCGGGGCUACUAUGGCUGGUCUCCUCACAAGUGCACUUGAGAAGCUGCCGCCUGACAUGGCUCCAAAUCUGGCAAGGCAACCAGUACAGAUCCCAGAUACAGUGAAGCUAGAAAAUAGCUAGAUUAGAGGUAGAUGUCUUCAAACACGUGUUUUCCUGGUCUUUCGGUACUACGUGCUUUUGUUUUCGGCUAUUAAAUCUUAUUUCUCUUCGUCAUAUCCGCCUCUGAGCAGUAUGAAUGUGGUUCUUUUUCAGUAUUCUUAUGUUUGGGUUGUUCCACAUUCAUAUAUGUUGUUAUUCAAAAGGAAUACAUAAG